CGUUUCGGGUGGGAUGCAUCAGUAGUUGCCUUGGAACCGGAGGACAGUUCAGUCAUGUAGCUCGCUCCGCCCCAUGCUGUUUUGAGUAUUCGCCCCGAACUGCUCUUUGUCUUGUGUCGAGUCGUCAUUCGGUGAACCAGAAACCCGGGAUCGAACAAGUAGAUCGAUGGAUGGCCGAAGAGAUGCCCAGCCAUGAGUAAAACACAAUACCCACUUUUGUUGAAAUACGAAAGCAGCAAAUGGAAAGCAUCCCAAGGACUGGUCAGCCAUGCGAGAUCACCUGAAACAUGAUGUCGAUGAAUGACAUUCUCCGCUCAUUGUAUUCGAGGACAUGGCGGGAUCACCAGUCAUUUGGAGCUGGGCAUGAUGCUAUGGCUUUUAUGCACUCUUGGUCGGUGACAGGUUCUGGGUGCAAGAAUGACUUUCGUAAUCAUCCACCAUUGAAACACGAAGGGCAGAAAUCGUCUGGGACAGGCCGCGCAGACGAGGCGCUUAGUGCUGUCCUAUGAAUGGGGACGGUGUGAUGUGGCGGGG